AUGGCGGGCAACUGGCAAGGGCCCCCGUAUGCUCCUCCGUGGGCGUACCACGGUCCGCCUCCAGUCUUCACUGCACCACCACCAAACCCUGCUCCACUACCACUCCUGCAAGCUCAGCCAACAACAACCUGGAGCUUCGUUCCGGUCAUCAGCCGCACCGACCGCACUCGAUCCAUUCGUGGUUUUGAAGAGGGGGGCCCCAAUCUCAGCACAGAAAUGGUCACGAUUGAUGUCAGCAACGGCGAAAACCGGGAGAGAUUUGUUGUGCACAAAGAGCUUAUUAUGAAGCACUCUCGGUACUUCAGAGGCAUGUUUGGCAACAACUUCUGGGAGGAGGCAAAAGACGAAUACACGACUAUGGAUUCCGUCGAUCCAGAGGCGUUCAAGCUUCUUCAGAGGUUCAUCUACACCGGUGUCGUUUACAGUCGCGCAGACGAGCAAUUCAGGCCGUCGAAUCAGACAAGCGAAGACCCAGAAUGGGCAAAGUUGUGGAGUGCCUGGGAGCUCGGGGACAAGAUCAACUCUGCCACGUUCAUGGAUGCCGUCACCGACGCCGUCCGAGCGAAGAUCACAGACGACGACGACUGCAUGUGCCCGAUCUCCGGCAUCCAGGGCAUCUUCAACAUUGGCCCCAGCUCCUCCGGCAUCCGCAAGUUGCUGGUCGAUGCUGCGGUCUGGCGCUGGGACAGACGCACUCUCACGGCACUGCGCCCAGACUGCGAGCUGCCUCACAAGUUUCUGCACGACUUUGCGGUCGCGUCCAUGGGCUCUCGCAGCCGCUUUGCCGCUCAGCACGGCGCUGAAGGACACGCGCAAGAGGCCGCAGUCGAUCCAUUGGACGAAUCUUCUCCAUGCGUGUAUCACAAUCACGAUCUGGUUUGCUACCAGGACGAGAUUUGA